AUGAAGCACCAUUUGAUGAUCGGUACCUGGACUGCGCCCGGUCGCAUCUAUACAGUCCAAUUCGACGAUGAAGCUCUCACUCUCGAGCUGGUCAAGAAGACCGAUAUUCCGGAGGCGGAGCCAAUCUCAUGGAUGACCUUCUCCCACGAUAAGAAGGCCAUUUAUGGAGCCGCUAUGAAGAAGUGGAACAGCUUCGCCGUGAACAGCCCAACUGAGAUUGUUCACCAAGUGUCACACCCUGUGGCCGGCCACCCAUUGGCUCCUAGCAGCGAGACUAACACUCGCGCCAUCUUUGUGCUGGCCGCCCACAAGCCGCCGUACAACGUCUAUGGCAAUCCUUUCUACAACCACGCCGGCUACGGCAACGUGUUCUCCGUGAAGUCCGACGGAGCUUUGGAUAGCAACAUCCAAAACUACGAAUAUGUCCCCAACACGGGUAUCCACGGCAUGGUGUUCGACCCGACCGAGACAUACCUCUACUCCGCCGAUCUCACGGCCAACAAGAUUUGGACUCACCUCAAGGACCCCAAGACGGGCGAAUUGUCCCUGGUGGACUGCCUCGAGGCUCCCGACGCCGGCGACCACCCUCGCUGGGUGGAGAUGCACCCCAGCGGCAAGUACCUCUACGCGCUGAUGGAGGCUGGCAACCGCCUGGCAGUCUACGUCAUCGACGAGCGCACUCACAAGCCCGUGUUCACGCACAUUACCUACCCUCUGCUGCCGUCCGGCCUUCCUCCCCGCAACAAGUACCGCGGCGACGUUACUUUCUGCACUCAGAGCGGCGAGUACCUGUUCGCUACUACUCGGUCGAACCACUUUGACGUGACCGGCUACAUUACUGCCUUCAAGCUGGGCCCCCACGGCGAGAUCGAGCGCCAGCUCUUCAUUAACCCCACCUCCACCAGCGGUGGUCACUCGAACGCUGUGAGCCCCUGUGAUUUCACUGACGAGUGGGUGGCAAUUUGCGAUGACCAGCUCGGCUUUGUCGAGAUGUAUCGCUGGCGCGACGAGAAGUUGGCCCGCGUGGCGCGUUGCGAUAUUCCGGAGCAAGGAUUCGGAAUGAACGCCAUUUGGUACGAUUAA